GAAUCUGCCGUGACGCAGAGUUGUUUACGACAGAUGAUUGUUGCUAACCAGCAGCGUCUUGUUCGGAUGUUUAGCUUUUCCUAGCUCGAAGAUUACCUCAGAGAGAGGAUGCAGAUAUUUGGCCAGUUGUAGUGUCUAGCAAUGGUCUCUUAUUACUGAGGCAACAGUGAUGUUAAAGUGGGCGCAUGCAUUCCCAAGUGUCCAUAUUCAGGAGGGGAGAGCUUUCCUCAGAAAUGGCAACUGAGCUCCAUGAGACCAUAUUCAUGGCCAAGCAGGGGCGCCACAAAAACCUGUUCCUGAACUACAAAAACCUGAACAUUUUCCCUGUAGAGCUGCUGAAAGAUGAAGGACUACAGUUUCUGGAGAGAUUGUACAUGAAGAGAAACUCGCUCACUACACUGCCUGAUAAUCUUGCCCAGAAGCUCCCAAAUCUUAUAGAACUGUACCUACACUCAAACAACAUCAUCAUUAUUCCUGAAGCUAUUGGAAAUCUGGCACGACUGCAGUCAUUGGACCUGAGCAAUAACGCCCUCCAGAUGCUCUGCCCAGAGAUUGGCCGACUGAGGUCUCUGCGACACCUUAGGCUGUCCAAUAAUCAACUUAAAUGCCUUCCUCCAGAGAUCGGUGAUCUGCAGGACCUGGAGACCCUCGACUUGGCAAUGAACCAACUGAUGUCUCUUCCGGACCGCCUGCACCGCUGCCACUCCCUGCAGAACCUCACAGUGGACCACAACCUUCUGAGUCAUGUUCCCCGGCAGCUCUGCUGGCUGCACCGCCUCAACCAGCUCUCCAUGGCGGCCAAUCGCCUAACCUUCCUACCACUCGAUCUGGGCAGAUCACGGGAGCUGCAGUUUGUGUUUGUGGACAACAACGUGGACCUAAAAGGCCUCCCCUCCUACUUGUAUAACAAGGUCAUCGGCUGCAGCGGGUGUGGAGUAUCAUCUCAAGCUCUAGAGGAGGGCAUGGGUUUGGCUUUGACUGAGGCACUGGUGGGGUUGCCGGCUGAAGUGAAGUUGAUUGGCUCACAGACAGAUAAUGUGGUUCCCCUGGAAGAGCUGGCAAUGAGGACUAUGCACCGCAUCUACCAUCACCGCCCAGCAGGACUAAACUUGCUGCCUUCCAUCAUCCUCCCAAAGAGCCUGCUGGACCUGCUGCAGUUCCCCCUGGGCCACUGUCACCGUUGCAGCCAGGCCAUGUUCACCAUCAUCUAUCCCAAACUUUUCCCCCUCCGUGACACGGCGCUGGCUGGAGUCCACCGCAGAACAACUGUGAGUUUUGUGGCCUACUGCUGCUCCAGUCACUGCCUCCAGACCUUUGACCUGCAGGGCUGACAUCAUUCCCCCCUUUGUAAUCUGUCUCCAUUCAUGAAGGUGACAGAUAAUGUCCUGUCAUUUGUCAUGAGGCAAUGAGCAUUGGAGGCAUCUUCUGCAGGAGCUAUGUUCUUCAUUCCAAUGAAAAAAAUCACAAAAAAGCUUGCCUGACGGACACACUGCUCCUCGGGUAACAUUUCAGCCCUUUGAACAAGGACUAAAAGCACUCAUGCUGUUCCUAAAUCUAACCAUUGAGGAGCGGGAUAUUCUUGUGUGUUUGUGUUUGACGAGGGAUCAUUGCACUCAUUCACUAACAAGGUUAGAUCUGAGGUAAUCACAAGACCCCCACUCAUACUCAUACACUUGGAUUUUUGUUAAAGUUUUGAUUCAUUUGUUCACAGACAUUUCUUGUAGCAGGCACAUUUAUUUCUGUGUAGAGUCCUUAAAGAAUUGUAACUACAUGUUAUUUGUUCUGAAGAAUAUUUGAAGGUUGCUAUUUAAAUUUAUGUUUGAUUUGUGCUUUUAAAGGAGUGAGUACAAGGCUAUGUUCAGUUACCCAACAGAGGGCAGAUACUCAGGUCCCACAAUGUAGAAGUAGUGAACCACUUUUAAACUGCAAAGUUACAUUCAUACUCAGAAUUAUAAUGUCCAAAAUUAAAGAGACGCACGGUAUGCAAGACCAAAGUGUUCUGGUAUUUUUUACCUAGUUCUUGAUUUUUUUUGCACGGGUUGCAGGAUUUUUUCAGAGUUCAUGUUUGUUGCAUUAAGUUUUUAGAAGUUCUCAUGUUUAGAAAUGGUUUCCUUUUGCCAUUUAAAGCAUUAAAAUAGCUCAUUUUGAUAAAACUUACAAUAACCAGAAAGCUAACACAAAAUACAAAAAGUUCAAACAUGCUAGUUGAUGUUUCUAGUCCACAUUCUCUCAUUUUAAAUUCAGUUUUUGGUGAAAACUGUGUGACUGUCUGGCUGCACUGAUGCUUGGAUGUUGUAAAGAUCCUGUUUGUUGUUUGUUUUGGCAGUAAAUGUUGCCUGAUGUUUGA